AUGCUUUCAGAAAGAUUGCCACCUGGGCCUUGGGAAAGCAGUCGAGAAGCGGAUCCGAAGGGUGUGAGUGAGUGGGUUUUUGCAUGCAUGCCUCCGAAGCGGACAGCUGGAACUGGUGCGGAUACAGACCGACGAACAACUUCGGGUGGAGGCGGCAGUUCGUCUGAAGGAGGGAGCAUCUUUGACCUGGUGACCCCUGUUGCUAUGGCUUCUGUGCACCCAUUUGAUCGACUCUUUUUGGCAGCCUGA